AAUGUAGAAGUUUACGUGCAGCACGCAUUGCGAGGUGGCGUGUGACAAAGAAAAGAGAAAAAACCACACCAAGGCAAGAUCGAACGACGAAGACCAAGACGAAGAAGAAGAAACAAGAGCAGCGAGAAACUGAGUGAGGAAAGGAUGAAGAAAGCAGAGUGAGUCCCGUUCCAUUCCGUAUCGUUCAUCACAUUAUAUUGAUUCCUCUCCAAAAAACCCUCUCAAUUGCACGUUCCUCAAUCUCACUUAUGGGCGAACAGACGCUAGGUCAAGCACAAUCCCUAAUCGAACCUCAACCUCUCCCCGCCCCCUCCUCAACUGCCGUCCCCGACGGUGCCACGGUGGACUCCGAACUAAACAAUGUCCCUCGGCCGACAACAUCCCCAGCCACGAAAAUCCCCCUCCGUCCCCGCAAGAUCCGGAAGGUCUCUCCGGACCCCUCCACCUCCGAAUCCCAAACCGAAACCCCCAAACCCGCCAAAACCGGGGGCCGCAACACCACCAAGGCUGCUCCGCCGCGAGCCCUUACGGUGGUCCCUCGUAUAGUGGCGCGCUCACUCUCCUGCGACGGUGAAGUCGAGAUCGCGCUCCGGUACCUCCGCAACGCGGACCCAGUCCUCUCCCCUCUCAUCGACAUUCACCAACCCCCAACCUUCGACAAUUUCCACACUCCCUUCCUCGCCCUAACCCGCAGCAUCUUGUACCAGCAACUCGCGUACAAAGCCGGCACCUCCAUCUACACGCGCUUCAUCGCGCUCUGCGGGGGCGAAAACGGUGUCGUUCCCGAAACCGUUCUCGCCCUAACACCCCAACAGCUUCGCCAGAUUGGGGUUUCUGGGCGGAAGGCGAGUUACCUUCAUGAUUUGGCGAGGAAGUAUCAGAACGGGAUACUCUCCGAUUCCGCCAUUGUGAACAUGGAUGAUAAGUCGCUCUUUACCAUGCUCACCAUGGUCAAUGGCAUUGGCUCUUGGUCUGUUCACAUGUUCAUGAUUUUCUCACUCCACAGACCCGAUGUUCUCCCCAUCAAUGACCUUGGCGUCAGGAAAGGAGUUCAGCUUCUCUACAACCUCGAGGACUUACCCCGGCCCUCGCAGAUGGACCAGUUGUGUGACAAGUGGAGGCCUUACCGGUCCGUUGCUUCGUGGUACAUGUGGAGAUUUGUUGAAGCCAAGGGAACUCCUUCGAGUGCGGUGGCGGUAGCGACCGGUGCUGGCUUGCAGCAGCAGCAGCACCACCAGCACCAUCACCAGCACCAACAACAGGAACAACAACAGCAGCAGCAGCAGCAACAGCAGCAUCCUCCACAGCCACAGCUUCUGGAUCCCAUCAAUAGCAUGUUUAAUCUCGGGGCCGCCUGUGCUUGGGGACAAUGAUCGCUGUCAAAAUUUGUAUCAGACUUGGUUAGCGGUCGCUCACGCGUGAAGCUGCAAAACCACGCUGUGAAGUGUAAUGAUAGAUCGUAGUACUGAAACUUGGACAUUGGGGAGUUGAGGAACUAGUGUAUUAUGACUGCCUUGUGUUCAAUAAAACCAGUGCAAGAUUAAUAAAGGCCACUCCUUAAUUUUGUUUUAUUUAUCAGUUAUUGUAGCUGUUGGAGGCCUAUUAUGUCAAGUUGUCAAGUCGUCAUUUAGUAGGACAAGACUUAUUAUAGGAGGGCAGUGUCACUGCCUUUGCUGCAUCAUAAUGGUUUGGACUUUUGGACAAUGUAAUUAAUGUAUGGAGUCCUUGUCUUGCGUCCUGCUAGUGGACUGGCCUUUGAGUUAAGAUUCGUCUAGUGUAAAAACGUAAAAGAUGUGUAAUUCCUAUCCGUAAUAGAAUUGUCGUCUACUAUAUUUGAGCAAUGCAAUGCAGUUUGCAUCCUA